AUGGGUAGCUGCUGUAGCUGUCCCAAUAAAGAGAUCAUCCCUGACAACCAACACAACAAGUUCAAGGUGAUAAACGUGGAUGAUGACGGUAAUGAGCUGGGCUCGGGUGUGAUGGAGUUAACAGAGGAAGAGCUAAUUCUGCACACACACAAACGAGACACAGUGAGGUGGUCUUACCUUUGCCUGCGGCGAUAUGGCUACGACUCCAACCUCUUCUCCUUCGAGAGCGGCCGGCGCUGCCAAACCGGGCAAGGGAUAUUUGCGUUCAAGUGUGCGCGGGCCGAGGAGAUCUUUAACAUGCUGCAGGACAUCAUGCACAACAACAGCAUCAGUGUGGUGGAGGAGCCGGUGCUGGAGCCUGAGCUUCCAAACACACCUGCAGCUCCCGGUUACUCCGUCCCGAUGGUAGCCAAUGGGAUCGGCCGUUUCCCAUCAUUCUGCGACGCCUCCUCGCGGCCGUCCAGCCGCCAUCCUUCAUUGGGCAGCACUAGGUUACCGUCGUUAGGGGAGGAGUCCACACACACACUGUUGCUCAAUGAUGAAACGGUACGCAUCGCACAUACAGUAACUCUGUACAAUAAAUAUUUACAUAAAUUAACAACAACUAACAACUACGAGAACCUGCCGGCGCUGCCGCCCGUCUGGGAGACACUCAAAUCACCGUCUCUAAACGGCUUCCUCUUCUUCGAUCACAACUGCGUGAACACGGAGAGCCUCCACAACACUCAGCACACCGUAUUCAACUUUGACCUCCACAGGUUCGGAGCGGGUUGCCAGCUCGACUACAUCGAGGUGGAGAUGGACAAAGUGUCGGACUCCAGCGGGCCGCACACCCCGAAAACCCCCACCACGCGCCGGACAGAGCUGUACGCCAUCAUCGACAUCCAGCGCACCGCUGCCAUGUCCAUCCUGCAGAAAGCACAGCCGUGGGACGACGGGACAUCACGGAAAACACAACACAACAGCACCGAGCUGCCCAUGUGA